ACCUCGCCGUUCGACGCGCACUACUCAGGUGUCAAUGCGUACAUUAGGCCCUCACAUGAGAAGCAAAGAAGUCCAAUUUGAUUGCGACAUCGACGCAAAGAAGUGUGAAAGCAAAGGAGUAGGCACUUCUGAUGCACCAUGGGGCCCACCAUCCUCUACACCCAUAAGGCCCGUUCAACAUCGCCCAUCUAAAAGACCUCGGGUGGAGGAAGAGGAGGAGGAGGAGGAGGCCACCACCAGCGCUGCUGCAGCUGCUGCUGACGUCACUGACACCCUCUCAUUACCUGAUCCUGAUCCUCACGAUCCAACAUAUGACCCUGCUGCACAGUCGAUGACCACGCUAACAGAAUCGUCACAGCUUUCUGACAGCUUCUCAACAUCAACAACUGGUCACACCGACAAAAAAUACAUAGUUUUUGAAAAGAAUAUCAUGGAACUCUUCCAGCGCUGUCCAAGGUGCAGCAAGUCACCAGAGUUGAAAACAUACAGGCGAGGAACAUUUUUAUCCAUCGACCAGAUCUGCCACCACUGUGAGUUCUUCAGACAAUGGAAGAGCCAGCCACUAAUUAAGAGCACACCAGUAGGCAACAUCCAACUGUCAGCAGCCGUAUAUUUCAGUGGAUCAUCAUUCUAUCAAGUGCAAAAGAUGUUUCAAGCCAUGCGCCUCCAAAACAUCAGUUACUCAGCAUUCCGGAGGCAUGCAAACCGUUUCCUUGAGCCGGCAGUGAUUCACUCAUGGCACCAGCUUCAAGACACUGAAGUGGAGUCUCUGAGGCACAAAAAAGUCAAGCUUGGCGGGGACAUGAGGGCAGAUUCACCUGGACACUGUGCCAAGUAUGGAACUUACAGUCUUAUGAAUCUGGAGACCAACAGCAUCAUUGACCUUCAACUAGUACAGAGCAAUGAAGUCGGUGGGAGCCACAAUAUGGAGAAAGAGGGACUCACAAGAGGACUGCAGCUGUUGGAGUCGAAGGGUGUGGCUGUGGACUACAUUGUCACAGACCGUCACCCCCAGAUCCAGAAGUUCCUCAGAGACCGCAAGAUAACACAUUAUUAUGAUGUGUGGCAUUUGGAGAAAGGUCUGUCCAAGAAGGUGGCAAAAGCAGCUAAAGAGAAGGACUGUGAGGUGGUGAAGAAGUGGCAACGAGGGAUCAGCAACCACGUGUACUGGUGUGCAACAUCCUCCUCCUCUGGGGCCGAAAAACUUGCCAAGUGGAAAUCUGUGAUGAACCAUAUGCAAAACAAACACGAGCACGACAACCCGAUCUUCCCGAAAUGCCUCCACCCUGACCGCAAUAGCACAGACCGCAAGAAGUGGUUUAAACCAGGUACCAAAGCCAUACAGAGGAUGGAGAAGAUUCUUGUUAACAAGAGGGUUCUCAAUGAUGUGGAGAAACUAAGCUCCCGGUACCAGACGUCAACUCUGGAAGCCUUUCACAGCCUGAUGUUGCGGUUCACACCCAAGAAUGUGGUCUUUCCUUUCAUCGGAAUGCUGUGCAGACACUAUCUGGCAGCACUUCACUUCAAUGAAAAUGCAGGGCGGACCCAGGCAAGAACCACAAAAGGAACCUUGAGAUACAGCAUCCACUACCCCAAGGCCAAAAAGGGAGGAUACUCUGUGAAGCCAGUGAAGACAAAAGCAACAUACCGUUACGUGCACAAGAUGAUGAGUCUGUUGUUCGAGGAGGUCAUCCCAAACCCUAAGCCAUACUUGGAGGAGCUGGAAAAGAUUCCUGUUCCGAAUCCCCUGUCCUCAGCAUUCCACCACCCUCCACUGGCAGAAGCUGUAGAAUCCUACAGAUCCCGCUUCAAUCAAGGGCAGCCCUGAAGCCUACAUACUGGCCCUCCGUGUCCGGAAACUCCUGUCUGAUGCGCCGAACGACACAUGCCGGGAUGACAACGCGGACUUUUCUCCCCAGCCAGCCCCAGCACCAACUGACGAAGCAUCUGUAGGCCAGAUGCCGGCAUCGUCUGGAAGACAAAGAUUGUUGUAUACACCGUUUGUCAAUGUUGUGCCUUUGCAUUUUUUAUGUAACAUUUGUAAAUAAAUUGCACGAUUUCUUA